UCGAUCUCCUGCAGCCAGCUUGCCACAACUCCCUGAGACCUCCCAGGUGGCAGCUGCCUCCCCCAGACAGGCUCAUCCGCCAUGACCAGACUGACCACCCAAGUCAAAAACUCGCUCAACAUCACCACCCCCGGGGUGCAGAUAUGGAGGAUCGAGGCCAUGAAGAUGGUUCCUGUUCCUUCCAGCACCUUCGGUAGCUUCUUCGACGGUGACUGCUACAUAGUCUUGGCUAUCCACAAGACUGGCAGCAAUCUGUCCUAUGACAUCCACUACUGGAUCGGCCAGGCCUCGUCACAGGACGAGCAAGGGGCGGCUGCCAUCUACACCACACAGAUGGAUGACUUCCUGAAGGGCCGGGCCGUCCAGCACCGGGAGGUCCAGGGCAACGAGAGCGAGGCCUUCCGGGGCUACUUCAAGCAGGGCAUUGUGAUCCAGAAGGGGGGUGUGGCUUCCGGCAUGAAGCAAGUGGAGACCAACUCCUACGAGAUCCAGCGGCUGCUGCAUGUCAAGGGCAAGAGGAACGUGGUGGCCGGAGAGGUGGAGCUGGCUUGGAAGAGUUUCAACCGCGGGGAUGUUUUCCUCCUGGACCUGGGGAAGCUCAUUAUCCAGUGGAACGGACCGGAGAGCAACCGCAUGGAGAGACUCAGGGGCAUGACCCUGGCCAAGGACAUCCGAGACCAGGAGCGUGGCGGGCGGACCUACGUGGCGGUGGUGGAGGGGGACAACGAGAAGGCCACCCCGCAGCUGAUGGAGAUCAUGAACCACGUGCUGGGCCCGCGCGGCACCCUGAGGGCGGCGGUGCCGGACAACGAGGUGGAGCCGGCGGUCAAGGCCGCCCUCAAGCUGUACCACGUGUCGGACGCAGAGGGAAAGCUGGUGGUGCGAGAAGUCGCCACGAGGCCCCUCACCCAAGACCUGCUCAGCCACGAGGACUGUUAUAUCCUGGACCAGGGGGGCCUGAAGAUCUACGUGUGGAAGGGGAAGAGGGCCAACGCCCAGGAGAAGACGGGAGCCAUGAACCAGGCACUGAACUUUAUCAAAGCAAAGCAGUACCCGCCCAGCACACAGGUGGAGGUGCAGAAUGAUGGGGCCGAGUCAGCUGUGUUCCAGCAGCUCUUCCAGAAAUGGACCCUGCCCAAUCGGACUUCAGGCCUGGGCAAAACCCACACCGUGGGCUCCGUGGCCAAGGUGGAGCAAGUGAAGUUUGAUGCCACAUCCAUGCAUGUCCAGCCUCAGGUGGCUGCCCAGAAGAAGAUGGUGGACGACGGGAGCGGGGAGGUGCAGGUGUGGCGCAUUGAGAACCUGGAGCUGGUGCCGGUGGAGUCCAAGUGGCUAGGCCACUUCUACGGGGGUGACUGCUACCUGCUGCUCUACACCUACCUCAUUGGCGAGAAGAAGAACUACUUGCUCUACAUUUGGCAGGGUAGCCAGGCCAGCCAGGAUGAAAUAACAGCCUCUGCCUAUCAAGCCGUCACCCUAGACCAGAAGUACAACAACGAACCGGUCCAGAUCCGGGUCCCGAUGGGCAAGGAGCCACCACACCUCAUGGCCAUCUUCAAGGGACAAAUGGUGGUUUACCAGGGAGGCACCUCCCGGGCCAACACACAGGAGCCAGUGCCCUCCACACGGCUGUUCCAGGUCCAGGGAACCAGCGCCAACAACACCAAGGCCUUUGAGGUCCAGCCCCGGGCCAGCUCCCUCAACUCCAAUGACGUCUUCAUCCUUAAGACCCAGUCCUGCUGCUACCUGUGGUGCGGGAAGGGCUGCAGUGGGGAUGAGCGGGAGAUGGCCAAGAUGGUUGCUGACACCAUCUCCCGGACAGAGAAGCAAGUGGUGGUGGAAGGGCAGGAGCCGGCCAACUUCUGGGUAGCCCUGGGUGGAAAGGCUCCCUAUGCCAACACCAAGAGAUUGCAGGAGGAAACCCUGGCCAUCACGCCCCGGCUCUUUGAAUGUUCCAACCAGACCGGGCGCUUCCUGGCCACAGAAAUCCCCGACUUCAAUCAAGAUGACCUGGAAGAGGACGAUGUGUUCCUGCUAGAUGUCUGGGACCAGGUCUUCUUCUGGAUCGGGAAGCAUGCCAACGAGGAGGAGAAGAGAGCCGCAGCCGUCACGGCACAGGAGUAUCUCAAGACCCACCCCAGCGGCCGUGACCCCGACACCCCCAUCAUCGUGGUGAAGCAGGGAUACGAGCCCUCCACCUUCACCGGCUGGUUCCUGGCGUGGGAUCCCUUCAAGUGGAGUAACACCAAAUCCUAUGAGGACCUGAAGGCGGAGCUCCAAAGCCCUGAGGACUGGAGCCAGAUCACUGAUGAGAUCACCAAACCUAAGCCGAACAUGUUCACGGCUAACACCAGCCUCAUUUCUGGGCCUCUACCCAUCUUUCCCCUGGAGCAGCUGGUGAACAAGUCUGUGGAGGAGCUCCCUGAGGGUGUAGACCCCAGUAGGAAGGAGGAGCACCUGUCUGUCGAGGAUUUCACCAAGGUCUUGGGAAUGACACCCACGGCCUUCUCUGCCCUCCCUAAAUGGAAGCAACAAAACCUCAAGAAAGAAAAAGGCCUGUUUUGAGAAGCAGGAAUGGUUGUGGUUGGAGAGCAGUCCCCUAUCUUGUUUGCGGUUUCAUUGUUUUCAUGACUGGCCUAUUAGUCCUGUACUAAUUGAAGUGAAAUUUUACCUGUGAGUGGCUGUCUGUGGCACUGCCACUUUUAUUUAGUAACCUAGCUAUACUUCCAGAAUGAUACCUCCCUAAGAAGACUAUGGUCUCAAUUUCAGCUAAGAAGCUGGUCACAUUGUUUCGAUCCUGGGUGUUAACAUCACUUUAAUCAUCCUGUUCAGACUUUUCCCUUCUUGGAAGAGCAAACACUCCACAAAACAUUUGAAUUCUGAGGGUCCCUUGGUCUUCCUCUCUUGUGGCUAAUUUAUAUCUAAGAAGAGUGGAUUGAAGCUUUUGCAGUUUUA